UGUGCUCCUGACGUCUGCCAGACUGCUGGAGCGGGAAGAUCCAUUAGCGCGCCUGGUCUUAAACACGUAAAAUGCACAUCCUCCGUAACACUGAGAAGAGAAUGGAAAGACGGCGAAAAGGACCGAACUCACAUGCAAUAGCUCAAUUGUCACAGGACGGGAAAUAAUAGGAAAACCGGGCAAGAGAACCUCGAGGGUUUAAAAGUUUCUUUUUAUUGUCGUCACCCACUCGAAAGGAACCACGGUGUAUAGAAUGAACAAUAGAGACCGAGGCUGUUCGGUUUUAGCAACGAAGGGGACUGGGUGUCUGCAGAAAGAAAGAAAGAAAGAAAGAAAGCUCGUUACAUGUCUCAAUAUCAACAUAAUGUUUCGAAUGGAUCCUUAACCCAGAGGCGACCAUAAAACUGUUUCAGGCAUGCUGCAGGACUCCGUUUUUACAACGAUACCGCUCUUUCGACUUUAUUACACCAAACACCUACUUUAGUUUCCAUGGUCGGAAAAACGAGACAUCUUCACGAAUUUGCAGUUACAGCGAACAUCAGUUAUUGGCCUGGACGGCUGUUGAACGGGAGUCUGCUCUCUCAGCAGGAAGGUCUACUGCACGCCGGAACCCGGAGUUCGUCUGUCCGAAAGUGGAUCACUCUUUAAAAAUUCUUGCUGAUUAUGGCACACUGAAGGAUCAAGGAAACUAUAUAGCGCCCUGCCAUAUUCACAAACAUGAACAGGGUUCCUGCCUCUCUGCCCCGUUUGUAUAAUUAACAUUUUUGGAGCAGCUGAUAAACUUCAGGAAGGAUUGACUGCAAUGUACUCUACUGAUAUGAAUCUGUCUAAUGGCCUCAUUGGGAUUUUCCCAUCUCCAACGCUACAGUCUAAUUCCAGCUCUUUCCUUCUCUGGUACCCUAACUCAAGUGCAAAUCCACUCCAGCUGCCCACUUUCUCCACAGCAGCCAAGGUUAGGGUCAUAAUGACUUUUGUCCUAUUCACUGUAUCCACCUUCUGUAAUCUGGCUGUUCUGUGGACAGCUAGCACCAGCAGCAAAAGGAAAUCACAUGUAAGAAUACUGAUCAUCAACCUGACCAUUGCUGACCUCCUGGUCACCUUCAUUGUCAUGCCAGUGGAUGCUAUCUGGAAUAUCACUUUGCAAUGGUGGGCUGGGGAUGUGGCCUGUCGUGUUCUUAUGUUCCUCAAGCUUUUGGCUAUGUACUCUGGAGCCUUUGUUACUGUGGUGAUUAGCCUGGAUCGACAAUCCGCCAUAUUGAAUCCUCUGGCCAUUAACGAAGCAAAGAAAAAGAACAAGAUCAUGCUGUCUGUGGCCUGGGCCUUGAGCAUCUUCUUCUCUGUUCCACAGAUGUUCCUCUUCCACAAUGUCACCAUUACCUUUCCUCAGAACUUCACUCAGUGCACCACCCAGGGGAGCUUUGACGAGCACUGGCAGGAGACGCUAUACAACAUGUUCACUUUUGUGUGUCUGUUCCUGUUACCGUUGAUUAUCAUGAUAUCCUGCUAUACACGAAUUCUCAUUGAAAUCACCAAGCGGAUGUCCAAAGGCAAUUUGUCAUCGAAGGAAGUCCAUUUACGCCGGUCUAAUAACAACAUCCCUAAAGCACGUCUGAGAACUCUGAAGAUGAGUAUUGUCAUUGUCACAUCUUUCAUUAUCUGCUGGACUCCUUACUACCUCCUGGGCCUCUGGUACUGGUUUUCCCCAGAGGGACUUGAAGAGACUGUCUCCAACUCCUUGACUCACAUCCUUUUUAUUUUCGGGCUUCUAAACACUUGCUUGGACCCCAUUAUUUAUGGACUCUUCAGCAUUCACUUCCGCAAGGGGCUAAAACGCUACUGCCAUAACGUGAACAGGAGGGCCGAAUCAGAAAAUAACUCCAUAGUGACAGGCUCCUUCCACUGCUCAGCUUCCUCUUUCCACAUGAAGCGACUGGCCAUCUGCCCACGAGAGGUGCAAGGGAGCCCAACAGCCAAGAGUGAGGUGGUGAGAAAUGGCAAUGGCUAUCUUCUUCAAGGUGUAAGAAAAAGCAUCUGAGACAGGAAAAUGAAGAUUACAAUUUUAUUAGAGAGUGAAGCCACUUAAGGAUACUCUUACCAAGCUGCUAAUUUGAUGGCCACCUUUGAAGAAACUGGAAUCUUGUUGUGCAAGAAAACCUAAGGAUGCCAUCAAGCCGUGUAAAAUACAUUUAACCUGAGCAGGGUCAAGACAAGACAUUCACACAUUGUCUUUAUGGCUAUUUAUAGUAGAAAAUAUUGAUUUUGCAUCCCCUCCUCCAUUAUUUAGAGCAGGGGUG